AUGGAGGACGACGAUUGCUACGGGUUUGGCUCCUACGACGACGUCUUCUCGGCGCCCACGGGCGCGCCAGGGCAGGAAGCCGCCCCCGAAGAGAUCACGUCGGCGCUCACGCCACGCUCGCGGAAGCUGGUGGAUGUGACGUCGCCCGUCUCGGCGGCAGCCAUCGGAACGUACUUGAUGGACGCCGGGUUCUUCGUCGCGGGCAGCGCCAUCGCGACGCCGCGCUUCCAUGGACACCACAUUGGCCUCAAGAUCAAGCGCAAUGGCAAGCUCGUCGCCUUUAGCUUCCCGGACGCGGGCGACGUGGUCGCUGCGAGCGUCGUCGAAGCGGGCGCCGCCGUCUCUGUUCUGGGCGAGCUCCUUCUUGAUGACAAUAUCUUGCUGUGGAAGCCAGCGCACUACGCCGACGCCAAGGCGUCUGCCUCGGGCCACAUGUAUGGCUCGGACCGCUACAGCCUCCAGCUCCCGCGCAAGCACGUGCGCGGUGCCCAGAGCGCGCGUGUGCAGAACGUCAUGUCGGCGCUUGUCGUGACCAUCGAGACCUUUGACAUUGCGUUUGAGUUUACCUUCAUGCCGGGUCCGUACCACAAGCCGUCCAAGUGCAACGAGCUUCUCGAACUCCUCACGCCGACCGCGUCGUCGCCCAAAGUGCCGCUCUCGACGCCGUCCAAGAAAGCAUCGCCGCUCCUAUCGCAGACGCCGCCCAUGCGCACGCCCAUGCGCCGCUUGUCCAGCGCAAGGUCGCCAGUGCCCAUGCGGAGCAGUCCCCAUCGCCUCUCGCGCGAAGCUGUCGAUGAACGCAACGCGUUGGUCCGGGCGUAUCUCGCGCUGCCCCGCGGCUCCGCCGAGGCCCUCGAUGCGGCGGUCACGAUUCAAGACAAGUACGGGUACCCAAUCGGUCCCGUCGUUGGCGCGUCGUUCCUCGACGACAAGGAUUAUCGGCGGGACACAGUCGCGCGGCUCGCUGAGACGGUCGAGCGCAUGAAGCGCGUGUGGAAGGCCGAGGAGGCGCUUCUGGAGCAGCAGACGCACGUGCGCAGUUCGCGGUCCGGCGACCACGACAUUACGUACUUGGACACGAACACGAGCCACUUCAUUACGCCGAAAGAGUACGAAGUGCGCUACAAGCAGCAGCUCCAGGUGUCGACGCCCGUCGUGCUCACGUCGUCACUGGCCGUCCACCACCCCUCGUCCUUCGAUACGAGCGCGAGCUGUAUCGUCGACGCGCAAUUCUUUGAGCGCGACACACCGCUGCUGACGCUGCCCGAGACGGUCCCCAGUGCGAAGCGGGACGAGGCGGCCGCCAAGAUGCGCGAGUACGAAGCGCAGAUCGACCGCGCGACCAACGAGCUGUACCAAGCGAUCGCCAAGCUCACGCACCAGCACUACACCACCGUCCAGUCCAUCGAGCAAUUGGGAUCUUAG